CUAAACUAUAGAUACAUUUGACAAUUAGUCAAACUAUGGCGGCGCAAUUGUUGGGUUCUAUAUUCGAUCGUACCUAAGUCGCUGACUUUACUGUGGCGUUAAAUUCAUUCACAAAAUUAGAAAGUGUUGGCAGAAUUAUAGUUUCCAGAAAGAAAAAAAAAAUGACCCUGAAAUUAUAUGUAGAUCAUGUAUCCCAUCAUUGUCGUGAAGUUAUUAUUUUCUGCAAGUUAAAUGGAAUAGACUUUGAGGAGGUGCUCGUAGAUCUCUCCAAACGCCAGCACUUAAACCCUGAAUACAAAGAAGUCAAUCCAAUCAUGCAAAUACCAGCUAUAAUGGACGGAAAAUUCAAGCUUUCCGAAAGUCAUGCAAUUAUUAGGUAUCUGGCUUCUGUGUUUCCAAUUGCAGAUCAUUGGUAUCCAACUGACUUAUACAAAAGAGCAAAAAUCGAAUCUGUGCUGGACUGGCAUCGCACUAACUUCCCUCGCGGUCCAGCUGGAUUUGUCUCGCUCUCUCUUCUUGCUCCUGCAGUUGGGAUGCCUUUGAAUCCACAAGCAGCAGCAAAAGCUGAGAAAGUCCUUAUAGCGUCUCUUGCACAGAUCGAGUCUGUUUGGCUCCAGAAAAAAGGACGAUUUUUACUUGGAAGUGGUCAACCGUCAGUUGCAGAUCUUAGCUUAGCGUGUGAGAUUAUGCAACUUGAGUUUUCCCUCCAUCCACGGUCAUUCUCUUUGCAAUCAGGCAGGAGAGACGACUUGGGGUCUGACCUGGCCAAGCCUUCGUGGUCGCAAAGCACACCCUGGCAGUGCAUCGCAACCUCAUAAGAGGCACCAGAACCAGAAAAAGUUGGCUUUUAAGCCUUCCAAAACAAGAUUGUGUUAAAGAACAUUCCCGAGCCCUUUGGGCUUCAACCCGGACUAUCUCACUAAGUCCAAAAACAUGAUAUGGAGCUAUCCAAAGCAUCAAAUCAACUAAUAGAGUACAAAUGAAGUCCUAUAGAUGCUUCCGUAUUGUAAGGUCUACGCGCCCCUUGCUUGUACUUAUUCUUGUUCUGGAUUUUCUCUCAGUUCCGGUUCUAUCUUGUGAAAAGUCUUAUCAACUGAAUGCCCUUGAUUCUGAGGUCCUGCAAAAAAAAACUGUUUUUUCUGCUGAAUUUAGGUUCUGGACGAUAAGGUUCGUGAGCGGAUAUUAGGCCCAUUCAAGAGAGUAACAAAGUGGCUUGAUGAUACAAAGCAUGUCAUGGCACCUCAUUUCGAAGAAGUACACUCAAUCCUCUAUAAAGUUAAAAAGAAGAGGCAAAAGCAAACAUCUCCUGUAGGAAGUAGCAGUACUCAAUCGAGCAGAAAACAUGACCUGCAUUCGAAGAUGUGACAAAGCAAUGUGCAUUAUGCUCUGUGUAUAAAAAUACUCAUAAGAUAGUAAGUGUAAACAUGUAAUAAGACAAGCUAAAGAGUCCUUGAAUCUUAGCAAUGCAUCUGUUAUUUCCUUACUGUAUUGAAUAAACUCAGUUUUUGAAUUUUAUCGUAUAAUGUGACUUGCAAGGGGUGCAUUUUCUUACUGUACCCUCUUCUGAUGAA